UGCUUCCGUAGGGGAAGGCGAAGAGGCCUAGAGCUGGGGGCAAAACCUGUUGGGGAAGGGCCACACCGGGCACCAGCCCCGCCUAGCUAUCAUAGAGGAGAGUAAAGUCAAAGGUGCUCAUCCCGGAGACCAGUGGACUCAAUCCCUGACACCAACAGCACCAGCACCAUGCCGAUGACACUGGGUUACUGGGACAUCCGUGGGCUGGCUCAUGCUAUUCGCCUGCUCCUGGAAUACACAGACACAAGCUAUGAGGAGAAGAGAUACGUCAUGGGCGGCGCUCCUGACUAUGAUAGAAGCCAAUGGCUGAGUGAGAAGUUCAAGCUGGGCCUGGACUUUCCCAAUCUGCCCUACUUAAUUGACGGGCCCCACAAGAUCACCCAGAGCAAUGCCAUCCUGCGCUACAUUGCCCGCAAGCACAACCUGUGUGGAGAGACAGAGGAAGAAAAGAUUCGUGUGGACAUUUUGGAGAACCAGGUUAUGGAUGUCACCAAUCACCUUGCCAGAAUCUGUUACAGCCCAGACUUUGAGAAACUGAAAGGAGAAUACCUGGAGCAGCUCCCUGGGAUGAUGAAGCUCUUCUCACAAUUCCUGGGGAAGCAGACAUGGUUUGUCGGUGAAAAGAUAACUUUUGUGGAUUUCCUUGCUUAUGAUAUCCUGGACCUAAACCGUAUAUUCGAACCUAAGUGUCUGGACGCAUUCCCAAACCUGAAGGACUUCAUGGCCCGCUUUGAGGGACUGAAGAAGAUUUCUGCCUACAUGAAGAGUAGCAGCUUCAUUUCAAGACCUCUGUUUUCAAGAUGGGCCACGUGGGGGAAUAAGUAGAGCCUUAACAGGGCAAGAGGUGGGAUGAGGGACCUGGGGCUCUGGCAACUUUGAGCUUCCUGUAGCCCUGGCACUUCCUUCUUCUUUCUGUCCCCUUACUGACCCCAGAGUGUUUUGGGUCUUCUUUUCUUUCACCCAGUCUUGGCCCUUUCAAGCCCUUUAAAGCCUUAAGUUUCCUUCAGCAAAGUGCCCUUCUAGUGUGGCUGUCUGCACCCACUUGACCGACAGUCUUACCUGUCAGUUGCUGUGAUGUCAUGAAAAGUUGGGACUCAGAGCUCAGCCUGGGCCUUCUAGCGAGCUACUAAUCUAGAGAUGCUGAUGUAUGAGGUCUCUCUGGACUAUGUCAGGUACCACUGUUAGCCCUGGACUACCCUAGCCCUCGGUUGCACUGCCUGCUAUCUCUGCUGCCUCCAAAGACUGCCUCUUGACCUGGCAGAGUUUUGCAAGGAUUCUGGUUGGAUAAGCAGGGGUUGGACUUCCUGAGGCCAUCUGAUAGCCUCUCACCAGGCAGCUGCAGGAGGCUCUGUGGAGCUCAAAGGGAGCCUUUGGGGGUUUGGGAUCGCCUAUGCUCUAGCACUGCUCGGCUUUAUACGGGUCUCAGGGGUGAGGACCCAGGCCUGGGGAGUCUCCAGGAGGAAGCCGGAAUCCUCUCUGCCCCGCAUUAGUAUGGAACAGUAAUAUCCAUGUGUCACCAGGACCCUGUCUCCUCUGUCCCUGAUGCCUCUGGAGUUUCCUGUCUCUGUCACCAGGGAUGGGGACCAACCUGAUUAAUCCCCUAUCUCUGUGAGCCGCUGUGAAAUAAAUUUCUUCAUGCUUUCAUAA